CUCGUCCGUGGAGUCCUCUGUCUGUGCCUCAUACCGGCGGUAGCAGCCGCAGCUCCUCUGAAGACGCACUACACGUCUAGCCCGCGGCGGUACCUGCUCUCUCCUCGCUGCGCUUUUAGGGAUCUUGCUUUAACUUCCACUGUUCCUGAUGACUGCCAUUUCUUAAUUACAUUCCGAAACGAAAGAUAUUGACAUCUGAAAACGUUGUGCGAUCUUCUUAUAGCCUUCUCCAGCUUUGUGAGCAUCAACUAUUUUCAGUUUCAGAUUUCUAGACAACUGCUUAGAAGAACCCAUGGUGCUGAUUAUUGGGGCAAGGUCCAUUUUGAAAAAAAAUAAUGAUUCGUAGAAAGGACUUAGAGAAAUAUCGGGAUUUGGAUGAGGAGGAGAUUCUAAAUAAGUUAACAGACGAGGAAAUAAGAGCCUUGGAAGGAGAACUGGAAGAAUUAGAUCCAGAUAAUCAGUUAUUGCCUGUUGGCUUAAGACAAAAGAACCAGACAAGCAAAACACCAACAGGACCCUUCCAGCGAGAAGCCCUACUAGGCCAUUUAGAAAAGCAAGCUAAGGAAAUGAAAGACAAAGAAGAUUUGGUGCCUUAUACUGGAGAAAAAAGAGGAAAACCAUGGAUUCCCAAGAUUAAGCCGGUAAAUCCUGUUUUAGAAAGUGUCACUCUUGAACCAGAACUGGAAGAAGCCUUGGCCAAUGCCUCUGACGCUGAGCUGUGUGACAUUGCAGCUAUCCUAGGAAUGCACACUCUGAUGAGUAACCAGCAGUAUUAUGAAGCCCUUGCAAGCAGCAAUAUAGUCAAUAAAGAAGGAUUAAACAGUGUAAUUAAGCCAACACAAUAUAAACCAGUUCCCGAUGAAGAACCUAAUUCAACAGAUGUGGAUGAUACACUGGAACGAAUAAAAAACAAUGAUCCUGACCUUGAAGACGUUAAUUUGAACAAUAUAAGGAACAUUCCUAUACCUACAUUAAAAGAUUAUGCUGAAGCAAUGAAAAAUAAUACCUAUGUGAAGAAGUUCACCAUUGUGGGAACAAGGAGCAAUGAUCCUGUUGCAUUUGCUUUGGCAGAUAUGCUAAAGGUCAAUACUACACUAAAGAGCUUAAAUGUGGAGUCUAAUUUUAUCAGCGGAACAGGAAUCUUAGCUCUUGUUGAAUCUCUGCAGCAAAACAUAUCAUUGGUUGAGCUGAAGAUAGACAAUCAGAGUCAACCCCUUGGUAAUAAAGUGGAAAUGGAAAUUGCAAGUAUGCUAGAAAAAAAUUCAACACUCCUCAAAUUUGGUUAUCACUUUACUCAACAAGGACCGAGACUGCGAGCAUCUAAUGCAAUGAUGAACAAUAAUGAUCUUGCUCGUAUACAUAGAUCUGAUGUGUCGUGGCAUAACUUUUCAGCUCUGGACCUGGAGGAUGUAUAAGUAUAGAUACAAUCUCUAUACAUUUCUCUUGGCAACACUUCAUUUUCUAUGCCACAGGCAGUACUUUGGUCUGCCACCCUGUGGCUCUUUACAGCACUUCUGAAACCUUGCUUUCUUCAUUUCACCACAAUGCUUUUUCUCCUGCUCAGAAUUUGAUUGUUUUGACCUUUUUCUUUACUGUAUUUAUUUUUAUAUUAUUCUCAGUCAUUUCAACUGAUGUUGAAUUGUUUAAAUAUAAUUUGCAUCUAUAAGUCCUAUGAUAAAUCGCCUCUGUUCCUUGCAGACUAAAGUAUAUCACAUGGUACUACUUAUAGAUAAAAUCAAUAAACAAGGAAUAGAUUUUCUAUUUAAGGUACAAAAAUAAUAUAUGUACAAAAAAUAUAGAAAAAUAAGUUACAUAUUUUUUUUUAAAUCUGUUUCCCCAAAAUUUUAUAAAACCAUGAACCAUUGAUAUAUAAUUACAUUUUCUAUAGCUGAUCGAAAUAUACUUUAAAAGUUUAUUAUUUUAAAAUGAUGACCGUAAGUGAUAUUUCUUAAUAAUGCAACACUUGGCAGGUAAAGUUUGAAACUAAAAAGAUUAUUAGAAUAAAGUCCUAAACCUAUAUUUGUAGAACUGUAUAUUUAAGCAAUGAACUACUAGCAUUUUCUAAAAAUACAGGGACAGUCAUGACAGAUUGGGAGUAGUGCCCCAACCACUGUUCCUACUUAUCUCAGGCUAUGGUCCACAGGAGCAAAAAGGAGGUCAGACAGGCCAGGUCAGCUACACAUGGGCAGAAUAAGUACAAAAGCAACAGACAAGGGGUUAACUAGAAAGAAGCCACCGUCAAAACCAAAAGGACAGUGCCCUACACAAAUAAGAUCAAAAGCAAUGUCAGGGCAAGCAAGGAUCAAACCAGGAGAAUAGCGUAGUACAAAAUCAUCAGGCAGGAAGAGUUGCCAGGGAAGAGGUAAGGUCACUAAAAGUCAACAUUAUGCAGGAACUAAAGACGGUGGCAUCUGACAGCAAAAGAAGCCUGUUUAAAUCCCCCACAGUGGGGAUGGAUCCGGGGUAGGCUACAUAUAUUACAGACACAGGACAAAAUCUGUAAGAUUGUAUAUGUGUGCACAUCUAAAAUAAAAAAUUGAGGAAGAGGGGGAAACUGUGAUUGGUAAUUUAAUUUUAUAUGAUGUUGGAUUAAUUUAAAAAGAGAAAUUAAAGGGGUAUUCCAGGAUUUUUUUUUAUUUGACUAUGCUACAGGGGCUGUAAAGUUAGUGUAGUUCAUAAUAUAGUGUCUGUACCUGUGUGUGACGGUUUUCUCACAAUUCUUCUGUGAUUUUCACCCCAAUAUUUAUUUUUAUCAGCACACAAAAUGCCUGUUGUCUCGAGUUUUUCCCAGCUUGCAAUGUGGCCGAGACCUGACUCACUAGUCAGCUGAUGACAGGGAGCCUGUCUGCUUCAAUGGGUGGAGUGAUCGCUUGGUGGGAGAGAGAUCAAUCUGUAACUAAUGCUACAGCUGUAGGCACCCUGAUUGAAAACCACAGGUCUUUUGAAUGGAUGCAGCUCAUUUAUGUUUCAAUGGGUUGGGUGGCUGAUGUGUGGGAGGGAGGAAGAUUUUAUUAUGGGAUUUGUAGUCAAAAAAAGAAAAAUCAAACAGGAAAUACCAGUUCACAAAAAGCUAGCCACAGUGUUAUGGUAAUCUCAUGAUAUAGCCAUUUAGCCCCAAGACAAGCGCAGAUCAUUCCUAAGCAUGUCCAUUACUGUCUGCCAGGUACAUACUAAAAUCACCUUAUGGUGGAUAACCCCUUUAAGCUUAUAAAAAUUUAAUUAAAAGGGGUUGUUUCACCGACAGCAUUUAUCCACAAUGUUUGAUCACAGAGGCCAAACCGCCAGGGCCCCCAGUUAUCACAAGAACAGGGAUACUGUGUGCAUACUUCUGCUCUAUUCAUAGUGUUAUAGACUGGUAGAGAUACAUGAGCACUAUACUCAGCUGUCUCCAGCAGUCCUAUAUGCAGUGAAUGGAGUGACAGUGCGCACGUAUGACCACUGCUACAUUCAGAUGGGAAAGUUGGUUGGAUUUCCAGUAAUUAUACAUUAAUCACUGAUUUAGUAAAUAGGGGAUACAUGUAGGUAGGAAAGCCCCUUUAACAUAAAAGUACAAAACAAUGUCUGUCACUAAACUGUCACUGUCAAUAACAUUUGUAAUUCAUAUGUUCACAUUUUCACAGUGAGGAAGAGAAGGCUGGCCGACCUGGAUGGCCCAAUUUUUCCAAGAUGCCGAAGCGGGGUAUAAAGCAAAGGUGAAGAGAACACCACACAGCAGGACCCUUUCAACAAGAGUUUGUGCCAGGGUGUGGAACCCUUAUACCAGGGUUAAAGCCCAACUGUGUUUCAUACCUCAGUUCUUCACAGUGCCAGAAAUUAAGCACCCAAAUUAUGCAGUAUGAUGUCACCAGGGAGCAGAAAUACAACCAUAUAUUCUGGUGAUUCUUAAUUGCAGACCAACCUAACACUGUGACACUUUAUUGCUGUUGGUGUUUCUUGCAUAUUUGGGAUCAGCACAUUGGUUAGUCACAUUUAUAUAGUUCAAUAACCAGCAUUGCAUAUGAUUUACCAGCAAAUAACUUUUACUAUUCAUGCAAAUUAACAGAAUGCAUUGUGCAUUGCCAACAAAAAAAUCACUGAUAAUACUACUGGGACCCCCCACGAUCUUCCGCCAGGUGCCCUGGCUCUCUGCAUGAAUACAGUGUGUCAACCACAGCACGAAGCUGUGACCGAGCCAGAGAUACUCGAACGCUGUAUCUCCGACUCUUCCAUAGAGUGGGGCACCGUACGGGAGAUUGCAGGGGGUCCCAGCGGUCUGUUUUGCAGAUAGAGGAUAUGUUUUUUGAUAUUUUAUAAUUCCUAAAUGAAAUUACAUGACUUUUAGAUUGAUAAUCUCUCAUAUUGCUGAACACAUCUUAAUUUUGUGCCAUGGUAAAAUAUUAAUUCUUUACACAGGCAUAUCAUAUCGUCUAACUUAAACUCCCUUUUCCACAUUUCAGAUCUUUUAAAAGAUCUGUAUGUUUGCUUGGCAAUAAGUUCUAUAAAUGUAUAUGCAUGUCACGCACAAGAUCAUUAUGACUGUUAUAACUUUAUCCUGACCAUUAGACCUAUAGUAUCAACCUAUUGAUACAAAUGAUAAAAAAAAUAGCACACAAUAUUUACUUCAAGAAAAUGCAACCUUCUAAAAUUAAUCAUAAAACCUUCAUAAUUUAUGAUAUUCUGUAUGAUUUAAAGAGGAUUUCCCAUCAGGAAAGCACCUUUUAGGGAAUAUAAGUGUCAUAAAGGAGGCCUCAUUCCUAUUUGUAAUGCCCUUUUUCCUCUUAUUAGCAAGAGCAGGGAGCGACUGCCAAGAUAAGUUUCCUCUCUGUAGAACACAACAUGACCAUAUAGUACAUAAUGUAUUACAUAAUUGCCAGAUUGUUUAAAUGAGCGACUUAUAGUCCUACAUUGUGACAUAAGAGGCUGUCUGCAGCUACCCCAAAGAACAACAGCUGGAGUUUUCCACCCUUUAUGAUAUGCCGAUACCUAGGCUGCCACACAUCAAUAUACCACAAAGCAGGAGCAACUUCUAAACAAAGCAGUAAGUGUUAAAGGGGUAUUGUGAUUUUAAAAUGUGAUGGCCUGUCACCUUGUUAGCGGUUGGGGUCUGCCUCUGGGCACCUUGUUACUGCUUUGGCCCCUUUAUUCUCAGAAGUCAGACCCCCACCUAGCGAUAUGUCAUCACUGAAUAAGGUGGGAAAAAACGUUUAUGUCAGCACAAAUAUAUUAUCUUGCUUGGUAGUCAAACCGUAGUGCCAGCCAGUGUGCAACUUUUUUGAAGUUUACCUUCAUCUGCCUUUUUGUUGUUAAUCAGAUUGUAAAGUGAUAUUGUAUUUAAGUGUUGUAUCCCAGAAUGAAGAAUGUCAUUGCUGAGCAAUGCCUUACUAUCGCUAUUUUAUUGUCAUCUGCCAUGCAUUUAUUGAUGUGAUAUUUCUGCAUACAGUGGUUAAAUUCAACACGUGUUUUAAUAUACCAAGGAAAAUGCAGUAUAAAAUAUUAGUAGAUAGAAUGAACAGUGUUUAAUACAAACAAUCUUACCACAUGAUUGGUGAUAAAUAGCAAUUAGUUUUAGUUUUUUAUGUGAAGAUCCUUAAUCCUUAGAAGUUCACCAGAGAAUAUGAGCAUGAAAGGUUUGGAUUUGAUACAGAUGUAAACACAUUCUUUUCAUUAUGAAGUUUGUAGGUCACUUGGGUACAGUAGGUUUCAUAUCUACUGUAGUGAGGGUCAUGCAGCUGUAUUCAAGUCCUUUCACGGUUCCUUGCAAAGUGUUAGUACUUGAGUUAUUGAAGUGCCUACUAUGGCCUUCUUCACUAAUAAACAUUCACUUGUUUUGUAAAACGUAAACAUUUUAAGUAUAAAUUACACCUACUGCUCAAUAAAACUAGGGCAAAUAGUUUGAGAUCAUGCCGCUGCUAUGGGGCACUGUCCUUUUCUGUUGGUGAAAAAUUGUUCAGAACUCCUUUCUCCAGGGAAUUGCAUUGUCAGCAAAUUAUUGGAGGGUAGUAUUGAUAACUGGGUCCUGGAAAGCAAGGGGAAAAACACCAAACCUCUCUCGUGGGGGAGCAAACUCAGACACCUUGAUAGAAGGCCCAUUUCAAUGUUUGCUAUGGGGCCCCCUUUCUUCUUUAUAUGCAUAAAUGUAAAUGAGCUAUAUCAGACAUAACUGAAGCAAACAAAAACUGAAAAAGUUUCUCAUAGUAACCAGCUUCCAGGUGUUUUUAAAUAAAAGUGGCUACAGAUCCCUUUUACCUUCGCACCAGUUAUUAUAAAUCACUUCUAUGUGUCAGUCCUUUAACAUUCAAAGAAAAUGUAAUUGCUAUGUAAAAAACAAAUACAUUGUGUGCUGUGUUUUAAGUAUUUAACAAUAGACAUGUACCAAAGAAUCAAUAGCCAUUGUUUAUACAAUAAACCAUAUACCUGUGUCUGUUUGUCAUCUUUCACAUCACUGGUUAGA